UUAACACUAUCAACAUGUCCCUUUACUGUGGGAAUUGUGAUAAAAUCAACGCCAUAAUAGCCACUUUCAAUGCAACAUACUGAAAAACGAAAUUAACUAUGCAAGAGAUUUUGUUGUAGGCAGAACCCAUUCGAGUAGGAUUCUAUUGCACUGAAAUGCACGACUCAGCCCAUACUCUACACAGACUGGUGCGGAAUAACCAAUCAGAGCUGCAGUAGGCCUAUAUGCAAAUUGCAAUAUAUGAAUCUGUGCCAUUCACUUUUAAAUGGACUGUGUUUACAGCAUGAGCGGUCUUGAGUAGGGCUGUGGUGGUCAUGACAUUUUGUCAGACGGUGAUUGUCAAGCAAAUAACUGCUGGUCGCACGGUAAUUGAGCGUUAAUUAACAUAAACACAUUUAGCAUAUCCUGGCUUCCACAUACAGUGGGGCAAAAAAAUAUUUAGCCAGCCACCAAUUGUGCAAGUUCUCCCACUUAAAAGGAUGAGAGAGGCCUGUCAUUUUCAUCAUAGGUACACUUCAACUAUGACAGACAAAAUUCGGAAAAAAAUCCAGAAAAUCACAUUGUAGGAUUUUUUAUGAAUUUAUUUGCAAAUUAUGGUGGAAAAUAAGUAUUUGGUCACCUACAAACAAGCAUGAUUUCUGGCUCUCACAGACCUGUAACUUCUUCUUAAGAGGCUCCUCUGUCCUCCACUCGUUACCUGUAUUAAUGGCACCUGUUUGAACCAAAUUAGAUCCUUGGUACUCCAAAAAAUUCAAGGUGAUGGCAUGUAUCUUCUGACCCAUCAUAUGGGAUAUGCAUGCUAUCAUCUUUCUUAAAUACCAAGGAUCAACAAUGACAACACCAUUCUGUAUACUUUUGGCCCUUCUUUGGACACUGUGUUAACUAACCUCCAGACAAGCUUCAAUUCCAUACAACUCUCCUUCCGUGGCCUCUAACUGCUCUUAAAUGCAAGUAAAACUAAAUGCAUGCUCUUUAACCGAUCGCUGCCCACACCUGCCCGCCAGCCUAGCAUCACUGUUCUGGACGAUCCUGACUUAGAAUAUGUGGACAACUACAAAUACCUAGGUGUCUGGUUAUAUAGUAAACUCUCCUUCCAGACUCAUAUUAAGCAUCUCCAAUCCAAAAUUAAAUCUAGAAUCGGCUUCCUAUUUCGCAACAAAGCAUCCUUCACUUAUUCUGCCAAACAUACCCUCGUAAAACUGACUAUCCUACCGAUCCUUGACUUCGGAGAUGUAAUUUACAAAAUAGCCUCCAACACUCUACUCAGCAAAUUGGAUGCAGUCUAUCGCAGUGCCAUUCGUUUCUUUACCAAAGCCCCAUAUACUAAUGGAACUGCGACCUGUAUGCUUUCGUUGGCUGGCCCUCGCUUCAUAUUUGUCGCUAAAACCACUGGCUCCAGGUAAUCUACAAGUCUUUGCUAGGUAAAGCCUCGCCUUAUCUCAGCUCACUGGUCACCAUAGCAGCACCCACCCGUAGCACACGCUCCAGCAGGUAUAUUUCACUGGUCACCCCCAAAGUCAAUUCCUCCUUUGGCCCCCUUUCCUUCCAGUUCUCUGCUGCCAAUGACUGGAACAAAUGGCAAAAAUCACUGAAGCUGGAGACUCAUAUCUCCCUCACUAACUUUAAGCAUCAGCUACCAGAGCAGCGUACAAAUCAUUGCACCUGUACAUAGCCCAUCUGUAAAUAGCCCAUCCAACUACCUCAUCCCCAUAUUAUUUAUUUAUUUGUUUGCUCCUUUGCACCCCAGUAUCUUUACUUGCACAUUCAUCUUCUGCACAUCUAUCACUCCAGUGUUUAUUUGCUAAAUUGUAAUUAUUUCGCCACUACGGCCUAUUUAUUGCCCUACCUCCCUAAUCUUACUUCAUUUGCACACACUGUAUAUAUAUAUUUUUCUAUUGUGUUAUUGACUGUACAUUUGUUUAUUCCAUGUGUUACUCUGUGUUGUUGCUUGUGUUGCAAUGCUUUGCUUUAUCUUGGCCAGGUCGCAGUUGUAAAUGAGAACUUGUUCUCAACUGGCUUACCUGGUUAAAUAAAGGUGAAAUAAAAAAUAAAAAAUGACUAGCUUGUACCCAAAUAAGAAUUCACAUUCCUGGAAAACCUUUGGUAGUGCCGGGACACUGAAAAGAUUGCCUAGUGAAACACUACAGUAGUUUACCCCAAGGUAUUCUCAAAUGUCACUGCUUUAAAAAGCACUAUCAGUAGCAUUCCCCCAAAUACACCUACAGUACUAGGCCCGCCUCCCAUUUAUCAUACUGUUAUUUACUGUACGUUAUCUGAGUUCUAGUAACGCAUAGGGCUGGGCGAUAUGGCCAAAAUAUCAUAACAUGUAUGGUAUUUUUCACAUUUUUGACGGUGUGACGUAUUUGACAGUAUUUUAUGUUUUUGAUUAAUGAAAGUUCCAAAUUUUCUUUAUGAGUAGUGCGUGACCCUAGGGUGGCAACACAUAUAUUCUAAAUUAUUCCAUUCGGAUUGUUUUAUACUUUGGGUGGCAGGUAGCCUAGUGGUUAACCCACUGCAUUGGGCCUGUAACCGAAAAGUUGCUGGAUCGAAUCCCCGAACUGACAAGAAUCAGACAUGGAUCUUGUGCUGAAUGUCGCCGACCACUAUGUCCUCACCCCCUACGUGUACCCGUCGUCGUGGCCUGAAGACGGGGCGCUGCGCCAGAUCAUCAGCCUGUUGGUAGUCACCAACCUGGGAGCCGCAGUCCUCUACCUGGGCCUGGGGUGGCUGAGCUACCACUUCAUCUUUGACCACAACCUCAUGAAACAUCCACAGUUUUUAAAGAACCAGGUGCGGCGGGAGAUCAAAUACGCCAUGACCUCGCUACCCAUAAUCAGUAUACCCACUGUGGCGUUAUUUUUCUUUGAGGUCAGAGGAUACAGCAAGCUCUAUGACCACGUCGAAGAGUCUCCCAUGGGCUGGCCGUUUGUGCUUCUCAGCAUGAUUUCCUUCUUGUUAUUCACGGACGGGUGCAUUUAUUGGAUUCAUCGGUUUCUUCACCACAAGAGUAUUUACAAGCACUUCCACAAGCCACACCAUGUGUGGAAGAUCCCCACCCCGUUUGCCAGCCACGCCUUCCACCCGCUGGAUGGCUUCCUGCAGGGUCUGCCCUACCACAUCUACCCCUUCCUCUUCCCUCUGCACAAGGUGCUCUACCUGGCCCUCUACAUCUUCGUCAAUAUCUGGACUGUGUCUAUCCAUGACGGCGACUACCGCGUGCCCGGACCACUGCAGGAAGUGGUCAACGGGGCGGCCCACCACACGGACCACCACCUCUUCUUCGACGUCAACUAUGGCCAGUACUUCACCCUGUGGGACCGCAUUGGCGGGUCUUACCGCAACCCCUCAGUACUCGAAGGGAAGGGCCCCCUCGACUGCAUUCGUAGACUGACUGCCGAGGGGAAGAUGAGCGCUAAUGGGGCUAAUGCCAAUGGGCACACGAAUGGGCAUGCUAACGUAAGCGGUACAAAGAGUAAGGAGGAGUAGUUGGUACAUGUGGUAUAGUGUCAUGAUGAAUGAGUUCUUAGUUGAUAAAGCUAAGCUAGGUGUCAUUGAUAAGGAAUAGCUCACAUACUCCUUCACACAUAGAUUGUUUUCAUUCAUUAUCCCAUUAUAAAUAAUCAAGCUACAGUUGCUUAUCUUUCUUAAACUGUCCCUUUAUUAAUUUUCCUCAUUGUUUCAAUGCUAGGGAAAUGGAGGAGGCAAUAAUGUCUUGACAUUUCACUGAAAAGCACUGAUAUACUGAACAUGUGGGUGAUAUAAUUGUUUGGAACUUAAUUUCAGUUUCUGCAUUUGCCACACAAAUACUUAAUGAGAAUUUAGACAAAUGCACCAAGCUAUUCUCAUAGUCAAAAGCUAUAGAAACCUAGCAGGCCAUUUCUUGGAUUGUCAUCAUUGACUUGAGAAAUAAUUGCUUAUUUUAAUGAAGUUCAUUGAGUGCAUGCUGAUUGAUUGUGCCUGUUUGGAGGUGUUAUGUGUUGUAUGGAUUUUUUGGGGUAUCUGAGGGGAGGUGACAAUGAAAUAGGAUGUCUAGUGCUGAUUAAUGCAAGAAAAUGAAAAUGCAUGACUUCCUACAACCCCUAUGUACUAUAAGAUAUUAAGGUUGUAGUGGUUAAUGGCAGGAACUGGGAUUCUACACACCAUGACUCGUCAGAUUUGGUCAUGCUCAUAUCCAGUAGUUAACCCUCUGGGACUUUUCUCCAACAAGAUAAAAGUAAAACGUCUAUGACGAAUGGAAGUGUGUUUACCUGAAUGUUUUGCAUUUUAAAGCAGACAUAUCUGGGGAAUGAAAUAAAAUACAAAAAACGUGGCCAUUUGGGAAGUUGAGCAAAGUGAAUCCUAUUGUAUGUGGACACAUGUCCAUGAACACUAACCUUAUCCCAUCGGCUACUUACUGUAUGUGCUGCAGCCAACUCUUUUUUUUAUUUUUAUUGCAUUACCAUGUAUGAUAGAAGUUGGCGACAAAACUCACAGAUGGAAUGAGGCAAUGUGUACAGUAAUGCACAUAGUCACAUAAUCUAGUUGUAAAUAAUUUAUGUCUAUAAAUGGAAGGGAGAAGUUUUCAUGGAUAUUUUACAAUUUAGUCAUUUAGCAGAUGCUCAUAUCCAGAGCAACUCAAGUUGAGUGCCUUGCUCAAGGGGCGCAGACCGAUUUUUCACCUAGUCUGCUCAGGGAUUGGCCAAUGCUCUUAAGCACUAAGCUACCUGCCACCAUGGAUACCCGGGAAAAUAUAUUGGUUGUUUUCAAUAUAACAGUAGUGUGACUUGGUUCUAUCCUAUUUUCUCAAUAAACAUGGAAACUAAUAUGAAAA